AUGUCAUCUGCUUAUACGCCAGCGCAUUCUCGGAAAUACGAUACAAAUGGGCAGCUGCGUCUAUCGACUGGGUUUUUCCAGCGAUACUUCGAAAGCGACGGGACCAACAAAGAAAUUCCCAUUCUUCAAGUUACUCUUGUAAAAAAAUUGGAAGAGGGUUCCACCGGCUAUCCUGAGGCAUGUUUCCUACUCCGCUUAACUGAUGGGUUGUUCACUUUAUUUGUUGCGGCGAGCUUAGAAUCACAAUGCGUUGCUGAUGGUAUCGUUGGAAACUCAGAAAAUGGAGGCGAAAUUAUUGCCGUGACUGGACUGAAAAUCAAUCGUGACUGUUACAUUGGUAAAAGUGGCGCAAAAACUUCAGGGAUACCCAUGCUUGUUAUUACUGGCUACGAGCUACUAUCAAGAGGUCACCCGAUUUUUUCUGCAGGAAUCAGUCACGCUGGAGAUAAGGAUACAUUCUAUGGUUUCAUAUCCACCCAGUCCUAUUCCGUUCCUUGGAGCUCAACCUCAACUGCGAACGAGAGCACAUAUGCAUCUCAGCAAGAUAUUCCUCCAACAGCAGCCCAGAUAUUUGAUAAUUCCACUAACACUACCUCACGAACUGGGGCUGACGCACUCAAGGUGUUCAGCUUUGAGAUCACCGAUAAGGAUGGAGUGGCUAUACGAGUUUCUGCGUUCAACGACGUUGCUGAAAGGGCGUCCGAAAUCAUUCAGCUUGUUACGUAUACUUAUUACAUAACUGGUGCCAGUGUCAAACAAGCAAACAAACGUUUCAAUAACACUGGACAUGAUUAUGAGCUUAUCAUGAAUGCGAGCACUGUGAUUGAUCGCUGUCGUGCGGGAAUUCCAAUACCGCCACUUGUGCUGAAAAUUUGCCUUCUUGAUGAUGUACCAAGUCAUAAAAACGAGAACAUCAAUGUGCUUGCGGUCGUUGAUGAAAUUCACCAAGUCAAUAAGUUCACCUCGAGACAGGGCCAAAAUUUUACUAAGCGUGACAUACAUUUGGUCGAUCAGUCAAGUUCUGUGGUCAAAUUGACAUUGUGGGGAGAACAAGCUGAAAUUUUUCAAGAUCAUGUAUUUGGCGAAGUGGUGUCUAUCAAGGGAGCAAGAGUGAAAGAGUGGAUGGGAGCGUUUAGCCUGGCGGUUGGUCCAUCAUCGAAGAUUGUCUUUAGUCCGCAGAUGGAUGGUGCUCUUUCUUUGAGCGAAUGGUACGCUAACAAACGGCGGAUGGCAGAUGUUAAGUUUAUCAGCACUGCUUCAUUUGGGCGCAGUGAUGGAUUCGAUCAUGACUUAUGCCUCAUUGGUACGGUGAAUGCGCUCCAGCUUGGAAAUGAGGUUGCUCUACCCAAUGGUCGCUUUAUAAAUCUCAAAGCUAUGCUAACGACGAUCAGGACGGAUACAGCGCUGUAUCAAAGCUGUCCCAAUGAUGGAUGUUCAAAAAAAGUUGUGCAGUUGAGUGGUGGUCACUAUAGAUGUGGCAAGUGCAACGUGUCAUGCAGCACCUUCAAAUGGGCUUAUAUGAUUCAGGCAGAACUAACGGAUUUCACCGGAUCCAUCUGGGUGUCAAUCUUCUCUAACAUCGCAGCCAAAAUGCUUGGUAUGGAGGCGGAACAGUUGGCGGAAAUGAAGGCUGCUGAUCAGGACGCUUACGUCAGGCUACCAACAAGCCUGUGUUUCACGUAUUACAAUUGGAGGAUCAACGCAAACUAG